AUGCCUUCGGGCCGAUCACAAUCAACAGACGGCGAAUCGACAGAUCAACAGUCACCGCAGGCCACGGCGACGACCACCUGGAUCUUUGACCUCCCGCAACAGUUGGAGAGCACAGUACCGCUGUGUGCGAAAACUUGCGUCUCUUCCUACAUCAGCCAAGACUGGUCUUGCUCAACAAACAACUUCACUUGCUUGUGUUCCAACUACAGUACACAGGGAUAUACUCUGGGCGAACUUGCACUCCUCUGCAUCACUCUCGAUUGUUCAAACGCGAGUGAAGACAAGAAAGUCGAUGCGUACACUGCUUGUGCUUCCGAACCAGAUGCGGUCUCGCCCACGCACAGCACACUUUCCCUACCAACCGACAUUCCAACAGGGACCCGAACAACAACUGCACCAAGGACCUCGUUACCGCACACUACCUUCAGUCAGUCCAUCGCUUCGACACCGAGUUCAUCAGUGUCCGCAGCUGUUUCCGAAUCUAGCUUGUCGAUCACUUCGGUCCCGAGCACGAGCAUUCAUUCACCUACAGCAACACCGGCAAGUGCCGCACCCAAGGCUCCCAAAGACUCGACGUCGCUCACCACUGCUCAAGCCGUUGGCAUAUCGGUAGCAUGCAUGGGAGGACUCAUGGCGGCUCUCGGACUGUUCUAUCUCUUUGCGUGCCUCAAACGUCGAAAGGCCAACAAAGCCAAAGAAGACCGUCAUUCAUACGAUUUCGUGGACGACGCUCCGCCACGGAUACCAUCGUCCGACCAUAGGCUCGCUGACCAGAGAGGACCUCUCAGUGGAUACGCAAGACCCAGACCGGAGUUAGCUACGGAGAAGCAUCGUACUCAGUGGCCUGGACCGCACAAUGACCCGUAUCCAUACCGAGAGUCUCAACCAUACCAAUUCAAUGAGAAAGGCAUCGACAGAAAUACGGGCUUGAGGAGGCCUGUGUCGCCAGAGAGCCCUCACAGCGAUUGCAGCAUGCGGACCACAUCUCAAUUGCUGCCGGACAAGCCGAACAGUAUACCUCCUCGAAACCUACCGAAGUCACCGCCGGCAGAGAACUUCUCGACGCCGGAGACUGUUUUCGAGGAAGAGCGAGGUGCCCGAAUACCGGGUGCUUUAAUACCUGGAGGUGGUCUACCAGCCCAUCCCGCGGUGCUGAAAAGAAAAGCACCACAGUACACCAACCACUACACGCGGUCACCAGAGCCAUUGAAGCAUCCCUCUUUAUCGCUCGAGAUCCCCCGCAAAGCUUCUGGCUCCGAUUCGCUUGGCUCCCUGAGCGGCUUUCCUCUCCCUCCACCAAGAGCAGCAGUGCCACCAGACGACGUGCAACGCAGUAGUGGGCAUUCGAAAUCUCGGUCCAGUAAUAACAGUCUCCUCAACUACUAUGCAAGUCCGGAUUGCGCCUCACCAGACGACCUGUACUCAUCCACUCCAAUUGAGGAACUUGGUCAGAUCCGCCGACCACCACCAGCUGCGGUCACGGUGACGAAACCGACUUACCCACCAAAGGCUAUUCGAAUGUCUACUGCAUCAGAUACAUCCCGUCGGACGUCCUUCGAGUCGACCGAUCCAGAUGAGCCUACUCCACCCGAGGAGGAAGAGAAGCAGUUGACACCGGUCGCUGAACUAGAAUCGCCGAUUUCUGGAAUCAGAUACCCCAAAGUACCAAGAAGUUCGGCGCAGUCGGUGCCCAGAUCGCCAAACUACAAAGGGUCUCCACGGUUGGGCACUGAGUUUGGGAGGGCAGAGAUGCCUCAGGUUGUGCCUGUGACACCUGAACAGCAGAGGCCCUUAAAGCACAGUCCGAGCCCUUCACUGAGCGGUUCCACCCUCGCAGCAAAACGCAGAGGCGAUGAUGCUGCACACGACCUGGAGAAGGGGCUAUACAUCAAGGGUUCUUCACAUUCUCGGAGCAACAGCCAGACCAUGGCACCGUUUCAGAAAGAAAGCCGAUCAGCUCCCACUCGACAAAAUCAAAGGCACGAAAGUCCUCUGAAGGGCUAUGGCCGAGUUGCCAGCUCGCGAACAGAAGCUGAAUGGCCUCUGAGCAACAAGCCCGAAAUGAACACGGCUGUGGAUGCACCAAUGAAGAGUCCACUAUGGGAGCCGAAGCUGACGCCGCGAAAGGAGGGCGAUGAUUUGUACUUGAGUGUUUCUGCUGCCACGCCGAAGGCUGUUCGGUUUCAUGUGAGGUAG